UUGAAAGUAAACAUGAACUGUCCCAGUACUGAUAGCUUAUUGUGCAGCAUGACCGUUUAUGGUAAGGUAUACAUGCUCUGCGAAAUAGCAUAAUGCUUUAUACAGCGAACUUUGCACGGUGACAAACUUACCCACGGACCAAGCAGUACAGACUUCGUAAUCGCAGAAAGGCGGUGUCAGCAUCGUUUGGUUUGUGUUUUUCUGGCAUUUUGCACCAGUUCGUCUUUAUACGUCGUGUAUUAAGGUCAGGGUUUUCGUGUCAGCCUUGCUACGAGUCUGAGUGUCAUAAUGGAGACUGCUUUAGUCGAAAGGAAUGCAAAAAAUGUAGUAGACUUCGGCGAGUUGCCUGAUAUUGUAUGGGUAGAGAUAAUGAAGUUACUUACGCUGGAAGAUCGGUACCACCUGUCCGUUUGUUGUCGCGCUCUCUACGAUGCCUUCAACCACCCAUCCCUAUGGCAUACUGUCAACAUAUCGCUUUUAGGAACUUCUAAAUAUUCCAAUUUUAACAAAGGCAAGGUGGAAGUUCCUCACAAGUACUACGAACUUGUUAAAAAGUUUGCCCACUGCUUCCAAGAUCUCACUCUGAAAAUAUGCGGCGACUUGCAUAGACUGUCCGAAGAUUGGUUAGACAUUUUGAUGAAUCUAGAGUCAAGUGGCUGCUAUCAUUUGGAAAGACUGACACUGGAUGUGGGGCAAACCAAAUCUAAGGUAGGCAGAAUAGAUGCCCCUCCAGACACUGGUGGUAUUUAUGCUCUUCUGGGGUUUGUCCGCAGUGCUACAAAGCUCAAGAGUUUAGUCAUACAAGCGUGGCCCCUGCACCAGAACUUGAAUUGUGACAAGGACAUUGUCACUGUUAUCCUGGAAAAUGCAACCUUCCGAAACCACUUAGAAAUGCUGAGCUUGUAUUGGCCUAAGAAAACUGACUGGGUGACGAAAAAUGGGACUGUCCCCACAGUAAAGAAAACAGUUGAGCUAGUGAAUCAUCUUCAUGCUGUGCAACACCUUAGUCUGCGGUCAGAUAUGUUACAUGAAGAUGUGAUCAAUAGCCUGGCUAAAAAAGACCAUGCCCCAAUGAAACGCCUGGAAGUGUUGGUCAUCUAUUGCGAGCAUAGUAAUCUGGCCAUACCGGAGAUCCCUUCUGCUAGCUGGAUUGCACUUAAACAGCAGUCACCUAAGCUUCAGGUCAGGUGCUCUGUGAUGACCCGCACCCCAGCCAUAGAACUGGCUGCCAUGUUGAAGCCAGAAGUUCCUUUGGUAGCCAUUGAAUUUCUCAAGCAUUCAAGCUGUGACAGUGAAGUUGUUCUUAGCCUGGCAGCUAAGUAUAGCCAGACUUUGAGGACAUUCAUGAACUUUAUAGACUCCACAUCGGGAGAGGCCUCUGUCUCAGAUAAUGUUCUGCUGGCCUUAGUUGAGAGGUGCCAAUGUUUGAAGUACUUGGUCUACCAUAAUUCCGUCCACUUCCUAACAGUACAGAGACUGUCAAAAAUGCGCAGGAAGGACUGGGAACAGUUUGAGUUCAAAGAGAAGGCGAUUGUAACACAGGAUUUGCUCAGUGAAGAAGAGGAAGAAGAAAAUAAUGAUUUGGUGAUUCUACAGAGAGAGCCUGGAAUGUAUGUAAUGAGAGACUUCAGAAGGUUUCAUGAGGAUCAGGAUAUUCGCCAGUCAAGGCUGAAGGCAACAAUCACAACUGUGUGUGAAAACGUGGGGUAUAACUGGCUUCCCCUCUGAUCAUAAUGAGAGGAUGAUUCCUUUAACUAUAACAAAGUAAAAUAGGCUUUAUAAUGGCAAACUAUAAACAUCAUCAGUAGGAAUUUUCCUUUUGGUUUGGAGGUAAGCUGAAUUUAUAAAAUUUUAUUUUCAGUUAUGUCAAAAGAUUUGCUCUAAUUAUUAUAUGAAAAUGCAUUUGUUAUGUUUGGUGUAUAUUAUGAAGACAGUAGUAAAUUUGGUAGUUUUUCAAGUUUUUGUUUUAAAAUCUACUAAAGAUUGGUAAUAUUUAUGUGUGUUUCCAAGCAGUUUGCCCCAGAAUAUCUCUCAAAAAUCCUGCUAAGUUUCAUAACAGUGUUGGCUAACAUUAUCUGAUUUAACCUUUGAAGUAGAGGGCAUUUUAAUCAGAAUUAUUUAUAGUAAUACUUGCAGGUAACUGUCAAAGUGUGAAAAAUCUCUGUUCACAUGUGGGGGCAAUUUGUCGUAUUGACUCACACUAGUUCAUUCAUCUAGUUGAGGGAAUAUUGGACAAACCCUACUUCAUAAAGUGAUUGAGUGAGUGCUUGAGGUUUAAUGUUGUACUUUACAAUUUUUCAGUCAUAUGACGACGAAGGAAUCCUCAGAGUGCAUGUAAUGCACCUCCUUGUUGCAGGACGUAUUUCCAUUGCUCUUUUAUCUAGUCCUGCUUCACUGAGACACCUUAUCGAAGGCAAGUAAGCCGCCCCGCCCGAGCCAUUAUACUGAUACGGGUCAACCAGUUGUCGCACUAUCCCCUUCAUGCUAAAUGCCAAGCGAGGAAGUUGCAACCAUACCUAAGGUCUUAGAUGUGACUCUACCCUGGAUCUACCGCUCCUGAAGCGGACGCUCUACCAACUGUGCUAUCGGGGCUAGUCAUAAUAUGUGAUCACUGAAUGAUGUCAGAUUUAGCAAGUGCUAUGUCCAUGUUUGCUGCAGGUAUAUAUUAUAAUCAUCAGAGAUAAACUGUGUGUGAGUAGGAAAAGAACAUUGAGGAAUAGUGCUCAGGACAAAUUUAAUGCAAAUGAUAAUUACAGUAAACAGUUAUCCUCUAUUUUUAUUACCAUUUUUUAAAUAAAUUUAUAUAUUGUAAUUUUUAUUAAAGUAGAAAAGCAUAGUGUAUAU